AUGGCCAACAUCAACUGGCGAACCUUAAACGUGGACGCAUACGACCCGGACUCAGCGGUAAACUUUCCGUUGACAACACUAAUUCCAGGGAACUUGCCUGCACCCUCGACAUCAGCCGAAGCCGCACAGAUAGGCCAGCAAGUGCGACAACUGUUACGGGCCGGAGACAGCCUCGGAGCACUCCAAUCUGCGCUCGAGACGGCCCCUCUCGCCGGCGACGACGCGGCCAAACAGGUCCACUUGACCACCGUGCUCGAAGUGCUACAAGGGAUCAGACAGAGUGAUGUCAGCAGGAUAUUGGGGGAGAUGUUGAAACAGCCCGGUGGACCGGCCCUGGGCGAUACGUUGAUGAAGUACAUAUACAAGGGUAUGGCCGGCAGUAGUACUACAGGUGGAUCAAGCAACAAAGCUAUGAGUCCGCAGGUCACCGGGUCCCAGUCCGGAGGGUUCAGUCAGAUCCAUGCGAGAAAUUUCGGCGAAGGAGGCGGCGGUCAGGUUAUGAGUGUGUUGCUGAGUUGGCAUGAAAAGUUGACUGAGGUCGUGGGCGUGGGUGGGAUUGUUAGAGUCAUGUCGGAUCGACGGACGGUAUAA